UCAUUGACCCGAGCUGCAUCCCUGAACUACCGCAACCGUGAAGAUGGCGGCCCGGACCAUGCAAGCGGCGCGAUGCCCGACAGACGAGCUGUCGCUGACUAACUGCGCCGUGGUGAGCGAGAAGGAUCUGCAGUCAGGACAACAUGUGACUGUGAAGACCACCCCCAACCACAAGUUUGUGUUCACAGUCAAGACCCACCACACCGUGACGCCUGGGAGCAUCGCCUUCAGCCUGCCGCAGAGGAAAUGGGCCGGUCUCUCCAUUGGCCAGGAGGUGGAAGUGGCCAACUACAACUUUGACAAGUCCAAGCAGUGCAUUGGCGCCAUGACAAUCGAAAUCGACUUCCUGCAAAAGAAGAGCACCGACUCCUCCCCCUACGACUCAGACAAGAUGGCGGCCGAGUUCAUCCAGCAGUUCAACAACCAGGCUUUCUCUGUUACCCAGCAGCUCGUGUUUAGCUUCUGCGACAAGCUGUUCGGCUUGAUGGUGAAGGAUAUCGAGGCCAUGGAUGCCAGCAUCCUCAAAGGGGAACCAGCCUCUGGAAAGAAACAGAAGAUCGACAUCGGGCUGAUGGUGGGCAACAGCCAGGUGAUUUUUGAGAAGGCAGAGAGUUCGUCCCUCACACUUGUUGGUAAGGCAAAGACCAAGGAGGCAAGACAGACAAUCAUCAACCCCGACUGGAACUUUGAGAAGAUGGGAAUCGGGGGUCUGGACAGGGAAUUCUCUGACAUUUUCCGCAGAGCCUUCGCUUCCCGAGUCUUCCCUCCCGACAUUGUGGAGCAGAUGGGGUGUAAGCACGUGAAGGGCAUCUUGCUGUUUGGGCCUCCAGGCUGUGGUAAAACGCUGAUGGCCAGGCAGAUUGGCAAGAUGCUCAACGCCCGUGAGCCAAAGGUCGUCAACGGGCCAGAGAUCCUGAACAAGUACGUGGGAGAGUCCGAGGCCAACAUCCGCAAACUGUUCGCCGAGGCAGAGGAAGAGCAGAAGAGGCUCGGAGCCAACAGUGGUCUCCAUAUCAUCAUCUUUGAUGAGCUGGAUGCCAUCUGCAAGCAGAGAGGCACGGGCGCCAGCAGCACGGGCGUGCACGACACUGUGGUCAACCAGCUCCUGUCUAAGAUUGACGGCGUGGAGCAGCUGAACAACAUCCUGGUCAUCGGUAUGACCAACAGGCCCGACCUGAUCGAUGAUGCCCUGAUGAGGCCCGGCAGGUUUGAGGUCAAGAUGGAAAUUAGUCUGCCUGAUGAGAAGGGGCGCGUCCAGAUCCUGACCAUCCACACCAACAAGAUGCGGAGCUUCAACCUGCUCGCUCCCGAUGUCAACAUCCCGGAACUGGCGGUGGAGACGAAGAACUACAGCGGUGCAGAGCUGGAGGGGUUGGUCAGGGCCGCUCAGUCCACCGCCAUGAACCGGCACAUCAAGGCUACAUCGACAGUGGAAGUGGACAUGGAGAGGGCGGAGAAGCUGCAGGUCACCAGAGAUGACUUCAUGGGAUCCCUCAACAAUGACAUAAAACCUGCGUUUGGGACAAACCAGGAGGACUACGCCAGCUACAUCAUGAACGGCAUCAUCAAAUGGGGUGACCCGGUCACUCACGUCUUGGACGACGGAGAGCUGCUGGUACAGCAGACGAAGAACAGCGAUCGCACGCCACUGGUGGCUGUGCUAUUGGAAGGACCACCCCACAGUGGAAAGACAGCCUUGGCAGCUAAGAUUGCAGAGGACUCGCAGUUCCCCUUCAUUAAGAUCUGCUCUCCAGACAAGAUGAUUGGACACUCAGAGAUCUCCAAGUGCCAGGCAAUCAAAAAGGUCUUUGAUGAUGCUUAUAAGUCGCAGCUCAGCUGUGUGGUGGUGGAUGACAUUGAGCGUCUGCUGGACUACGUCCCCAUCGGGCCUCGUUUCUCCAACCUGGUACUUCAGGCUCUGCUGGUGCUGCUGAAGAAAGCUCCGCCAAAGGGCCGGAAGCUGCUCAUCAUUGGCACCACCAGCAGGAAGGACGUGCUGCAGGAGAUGGAGAUGUUGGACGCCUUCAGCACCACCAUCCACAUCCCCAACAUCUCUACCAGGGAGCAGCUAGUCGAUGCUUUAGAGCUGCUGGGGAGCUUCACAGAUAAAGAGCGGGCCAGCAUCGCGCAGCAGCUCAAGGGGAAGCGAGUCUGGAUCGGCAUCAAGAAACUCCUCGUGCUCAUUGAGAUGUCGCUGCAGAUGGACCAGGAAUACAGAGUGACCAAGUUCCUGUCUCUGCUCAGAGACGAGGGGGCGUUGCAUGAAGGCGAUCAAAUCCGAAUUUAAGCUGUCGGUCACUCUCUCUGUGCACUGUGGAGAUCGCAGCUUCUAUGAGUAGAGGAGCUGGAGGAGCGAAGCAGCCAUCUUGCAAUCAACAAGCCGCCCGUGGGACAAAACGAGGAAGAAGAGAAGGAGAAGAAGAAGAGAUCUGCCUCUUGUCCAUCCACCCAGCGAUCCGUCCGUCCAUCUGUUUAUCUAAAUACACACCUGGUCAAAAAGAGGAACACACGAGUCCUCUUUAUCUCAGCAUGUCUCAACGUCCUACUCAUCAUCAUCAUCAACUUCACUUACUGACAAAUCACAGCAAACUACUGGCAGUCGCACUGUAACAAAUCUGUUAUCUGUAAAGAAACUGCAAUAGAUGAUUGUAAAAAAAAAGUGGUGUUUUGUGCAUCGUGCGUAAAAAUAACCGAAAAAAAAAAGCCACGUAUGUUUUUGGCUAUAGUAUUUGUUGUAUUUGUUGCAUAUCUCUUGUCCUGGUAAAGAUAGUUGUUAGUGUGAUAUGUAUCCUCACGAACACAAGCCGUAGAAACAGAGUACAUCCAAAACUGACGCAAGCCCCGAAGCCCUUUGAAUAUUCCAGAUGUGACUCUGUGAGAGGCUUUUAGUGAAUCUGUAGUGGCUGUAAAAAAAAGAAGCUGUUCCAUGUGUAAAUGUAAGCCCUUUAAAUAUACAGUCUGUAACUUGUUCAUGUUCUGUAAAUAGUAUAUAUAGACAAAAUGCAGUAUAUCAUGAGAAUCAUUGAAAUGAUCAGUCUCAAGUCUAUUUCGUAUUAUAUCAGUAUGAUUCUUCCUCCCAUUUGCUCCGGAGAUGUUGACUUCACAAGGUUAAUAGUGAACGUAAAUGUAGGAUUGUUGGCCUGUCUGUCUGUGUUGCGUGCAGUACAGUUCAGUCUAGCUAGUGUAGCUCUGGCAUCGUCAGUGUUCAAAUAUUCUGCACUUUUUAACAUCGACUCAAAAGACCUUUAGUUCUAAUCUCCACUCGAGCCCGCGUUCGCUCUUGUGCAUGUGUGGGAGAGCUAAAUGCUGCAUGUGUCCAGCGUGUAAGAGCGUGGGUGAGUGUGUGCUGGCAGAACGUGCUUUUGAACUCGAGCAUGCGUGUGUUUCAGUGUGUGUGCAGCUGAAUCCGGGUUUAGACAGUUGGUGGCUCGUCUGUGGGUUUUUUCUCAUGUCACGUGUUCAGUGCUUAUUGUCCAAAGUUCUUGUUUUGUUCUGACCAUUGAGGACGUGCGUAUGCGUGU